AUGAAUAAUUAAUUAUAAUUUUGUAAUUGUGAAUUUAAUUAAAUAUGUAAUGCCUAAAAUAUAUGUGUACAUAAAAAUUUAUGGCCCCCAAAUACUAUAGAAAUAUGUGCAUAUAUAUUAAUUCCAAUAUUAAUUGGAAUAAGUAAUGUAGGUGGUUAAGGAGGAAGUAUAGUUCGUGUACCUUUAUUAAUGCUAAUGUUAAAUUAUUCCUAAAGUACUUCCGUGUUUAUAAGUUUUAUAAUUUUAUUUGGUAGUUGUCUUCCAAAUAGUUUAUUAUUAUUAACUAAGAGGCAUCCAUUUAAAGAUAUUCCAUUAAUAAAUUUUGAUUUAGUUUUAAUUCUAUUACCCAACCUUAUAGUAGGGAAUAUUUACGGAAUAUUAUUGACUUUAGUAGUACCUGAGUUUAUAACUAUUAUAUUAUUUAUAUUAUAUUUAUUUGCUAUUACUCCUUACUUUUAUAGAAAAGGCAUGAAACUGUAUAAAGAAAAGAAACAUAAAGACUAAAAAGAAGUUUAUUUAUAAAUUAAUUUAAAUAAAACUAUUUAAAGACAUAACAUAAAUGAAAACGUUAAUACAUAUCAAGAUGAUAACAAUAGUAAUAUUUCUAAUUAUAAUAAUAAUAUAGAAAUAUAAAGCCCAUAAUCUUAAAAAAAUAAAUAAAUUUAUAUAAGAAAAAAAAAAUUGAAAAGUAUUUUACCAAUUAAGAAAAUACUGGCCAUUAUUGCUACUUUUUUAAUUAUUUAAACUAUUCUUAUGUUAAGAUGUAGCUAGAAAUUUGAUUAUUUGGGUAUUAAGACUUAUAAUUUAUAUUAUUAUUUAAUCAAUCUGUUUCUCUUUAUAGUAAAUAUAGCUAUGUAUUUAUUUUUUAAAGAUCGUUUUAAGACCAAAAGUUUAAUAAUUUAAAUAAAAAAAUAAUAAUAAAUAGAUUUAAAUGAAUCAUAAUAUAAAGAUAAUGAAUUUUCUUUAUAAUCAUAUAAAUGUUUUCUAUAAAUUAUUUCUUUGGGAUUUAUUUCAGGAGUUUUUGCAGGUUUGUUCGGAAUAGGGUCUGGACUUACUAUUGUACCAGCACUUCUAUAUUUAAAAAUUGAACCGACAGUUGCAGCUGCUACUAAUGGGUUUAUUACAUUUUUUUUGAGUUUGAAUUCAGUUAUUUUAACUAUUACGGAUAACAUUUUAAGUUUGGAAACUAUUAUAGUGUUUUUCUUUAUUGCAUUUUUCGGAGGUUUAUUUAUUUCGAAAAUCGUUUAUAAAAUUGUGGAAAGGAAAAAGGCUAAUUAUGCAGUUGUAUUUAUUGUUUUUGGAUUAUCUAUGUUGAAUAUUUUGAGUAAUAUAAUACAUUUAAUUAUUAAAGGGUCUAAUUAAGGAUUUCAUUCUUUAAUGAAUAAUGAAAUAGAUUUUUGUAAGAGUUUUUGA